AAAAACAACUGCCCAUCGAAUGGUUUCAAAAUCGUUUGCUUUCAUUGUUAUUGUGGUAUCAAUUAUUACAUUUAUGUUCAUUAUAGUAUUAGAUAUAUUAAAAUACUGUUUUAAUGUUGAUCCAAUGCGUAAAGAAUUACAAAAACUUAAGCAAAAGAAGAAAAAGAAAAAAUGUCCUGUUAUUGUAAAAUAUGUUUAUAUUGAUGCACCAUCAAUACAACCUUCUGAAGUUCCAUUUUUAUCAGCAGAAGAGACAGCUAUGUAA